AUGUCAUCAAAUAUGACAGUUCCUGCUAUAACGCACUUAUUCACAAGUGCUGCACCGUUCAUUGUUGAAAACUUCCGUAAUAAACGACAGUCAUGGUACGACUACCGUUACGAUAACUAUUACGGAUAUGGAUUUCAUUGGGGCCGAAUAAUCUUCAUCAUCCUGCUGUUAAUAGCACUUUUCGUAUGUUGCUUGCUACCUUGUAUAUGUGCGCUUGGGAUUUGGUUCGCCGGCUGGUUUGGGUUGCGUAAUCGGUCCGUCAACAAAGAAGGUAGCGUUAGAGUUCCCGUCGCUACAAGUGCCGAUCCACAACAGCAACCUUAUGUAUACCAAGCAGCCAGGCCACACAAUUUCACGCCAUCUGGACCAGGAAAUUCUCGAGAACGCAUGGAUUCUUAUGUUUAUGAGGAGAAACGCAGAGAUUGCUACCACCACCGACCCCCAUCACCACCUCUACAUGAUGAUUACCGACGACAUUUCACAUCUUCUAAACUAUAA